AUAUAUUCCCCCGGAGUCUUGCAUUCGAGACCGGCGGCCUCGGCCAGCCACUGGAACCGCACGGCGGCGCGUGGCCCAGUAGGGACGCCACCGCAACGGCCUCAGUCCCGGACUCGGGUACCUCAUCGUGAAGCAAAAGAGACCUUGCGGGGGAGGCCGUGGUGGUGGUGGUGGGGGACUUGGAGGUAGAAAUGCACCUCCCCUCUCAAUGUGAACCACACGCCCUGCGCCGCAGAGUACUUUGUGUCCUUCACCAUGACGGACGCCGCCCCGCCCUCGUCAUCUCUAUGGGGGGUGGCUGGCCUGGAGGGCAGGCAGACAGACGGGCAGUGGGGUAGUCCAGGGCAGCAGCUGGUGACCCUCGCUUGCACGAGGGCAGUGGGACAGCCUCCACGUCGAGGUCCGAGGUCGGCCGACAAUCGCGCAGCGGCGAAUUGGCAGCUUCCCAUUCUAAACAGCAGCACAAGGCUACUGCCUACGGCCCGCUGGUUCCUGCACACGGCAUUUUAAUUGGCGACCUCCACCGCCGCUGCAGCACCCUGCCCCGCCUGGGCCCCGCCGGUAAUGCCGCUCUGUUCUUUGCUGGUAUAUUUUAAUGAGGCAGCCGAAAUGAAAGUGUCUGGCCCGGCCUCAUUUGCAUGUCCCAUUGAUUAUUCAUGUCUGCCGCCGCCGUGCCCCCGACCUGCCGCACGAUCACUUCCUUUUUCUUCCGGAGUGGCGCUGCACUUACAUCGCCACCUGUCAUCACCCUAACACCACGUGCAGGGCUGAUUAAAAAGAGAAAAAAAAGCAAUGCAAAAAAACUUUGAUCGGACGCAGAGAUCAAGAAGAAGUUGACGAGUUAACCGCGGUGGCAAAGGGUGAAUGAAAAUGAAACCAAAAAAAUAAAAAUACGUCCUCUCUGUGAAGGGAGGCGCUGGGGUAGUCACAGAGGGCCAGCAGCGUGAUCAGCGACAGCCUCCUUCUCUCUCUCUCUCUCUCUCUCUCUCUCUCUCUCUCUCUCUCUCUCUCUCUCUCUCUCUCUCGUUCUUUAAGCCGCCCCGUCCGUCCGGUGGGGCCGGGGAGAGUUCUCGUCACGUCAGAAGCAGCCAUAGCUUACUCUAACGAGCUCUCCCUUCCCUUCUCUGCCACCCCACUCUCCCCUUCUCUCCCCCUCUCACCCGCCCCCUUUUCCUCAAACCCACCCGUCUCCCGUAAGGAGUAAAGAGCGCCCUGCCCGCGCCGUAAAUUACUGCAACAGAUUUUCUCUCUCCCUCUCUCCCUUCCCCGCCGACUCUCCCCGCUCCUCACCGCUCUCUUCCACCUUCACCCCCCACACACAUGCUGACGCAGUGUGGGUCUAGGUCGCACCGGCCCGCCGCCCCCCGGCUGUUCCCUCCAGUAGAACCGUUCCGGGUGCGUAAGCCGAUUCUGUGGACUCUCCACGGGACUCGCACCGAGCCCUAAUGAUAUGGCGAUGUGGGUGCGGUGCGGCAGGCAGGUGGUGAUGGUGACGAAGGUAAAGGCAUUGGAAGCGGUUUGGUUUCAAACGAUCCCCCCACCCCCUUAUUCCUCGGUCUUGAAGAACUCAGAUUCGCUUCAAGGUGUGAUUUUCUCUCGUAAACAUAAGUGUACCUUUACUGAAAAUGGUCAACCCCCAAACAAUGUUCGUGCCGUUUCCUUAACUCUCUGGCUCACGUGGUUCGAGCGCGUGUCCAUGCUCGUCAUCCUGCUGAACUGCAUCACCCUGGGGAUGUACCAGCCAUGCGUGGACGAGGAGUGCCAAGGCAACCGCUGUCGCAUUCUGCAGCUGUUCGACGACCUCAUCUUCGCCUUCUUCUCCAUCGAGAUGACCAUCAAGAUGAUCGCGAUGGGAACGUACGGCAAAGGCACCUACCUGGCCGACUCGUGGAACAGGCUGGACCUUUUCAUCGUGUUGGCCGGGGCGCUGGAGUACUGUCUGCAGGUCGAGAACCUCAACCUGACGGCCAUCAGGACGAUCCGGGUGCUGCGACCGCUCAGAGCCAUCAAUAGGAUACCCAGCAUGCGCAUUCUGGUGAUGCUUCUGCUGGACACGUUACCCAUGCUGGGAAAUGUGCUGCUGCUCUGUUUCUUCGUCUUCUUCAUCUUCGGCAUCGUGGGCGUGCAGCUGUGGGAGGGCAUCCUGCGACAGCGCUGUUACCUGCUGUUGCCAGAAAAAGUGGAAUACAAUAAGAAUCUAGACGAAGAGUUCACGAUUCGAGUGAGAGUGACCCUGCCGCUCGCCAUCUACUACACGUACCAGCAGGAGCAGGAUCGGGACUACAUCUGCUCCAAGCCCGAGGACCACGGCAUGCACCUCUGCUCCAUGAUCCCGCCCAUCACCAUCAAGGCCUCGGAGAACAGCACGAUGACGUGCACGGGAGCGGCCGUGCCCAACUCGGACAACUCGGACAACGAAACUUGGUGCGUCAACUGGAACCAGUACUACAGCGAGUGCAAGAGCAUAGGGGACAACCCCUUUCAAGGGACCAUCUCCUUCGACAACAUCGGGAUGGCCUGGGUCGCCAUCUUCCUGGUGAGUACCAUUCACCUACUCCUAGUAGGAAUCCGGUUUAAAUUUGUUUUAGAGGACAACUAGGCUAGGUACAAAAACUUUUCCUUAUUUAUUGUAAAAAAAAAAAAAAUUCAAUAGCGAUCAAAUAGCUAAACGUCGCCCGGGUCGCCCUGAACAGUGGCGGCCUUUGACAUUAACACGUGUCAGUCAAAUCGAGUAUCG